AUUUCCUGCGAUUGCAGCGACGGCCGGCUUCCGCAAAGCGUUGCCCUCUACAGCGCUUCUAAUGGCCGACAAUCUCACGGCAUUUUCCUGGCUUUCGCUCAUAGUAUUUGCCAUCGUUAUUUUCUUUUGCAUUCAUCCCUUGCGAGUUCCAAUACCAUUCACACAUGGCCGGUUCGGCGUCUCCCAUAUUUGGCUGGAUAUAGCCACCGCCCCGAUCGUUGGAAUAUUGGUACUGCUAGCAACCACGAGUAUCAAUGGCCUUGUGCUUCGUGACGGGAUUGUGGGUUCCGAGCACGGCAUCCAACCCUAUUCUGUAGUUUUACUCAUAUUCGCGCUAGCGUACAUAUGUAUCUCUAUCGAUGUAACUGGCUUUUUCGAAUAUGUGGCAUUCCAGGUUACCAAGCGUGGGGGCUCAUCGGGACAUCGAUUGUUCCUCUAUUUAUUUCUUCUCAGUACUAUCAUGACCAUUUUCACUUCGAAUGACGUUGUCGUCUUGACUAUUACCCCAAUAGUGUGUUAUUUGACACAGGAGACAAAAACGGAUCCAAAGGCUUAUUUGGUGUCUACCUUUAUCGUUUGCAAUAUAGCGUCUCUAGCAUUAUACAUUGGCAACCCAACGAACAUCAUUGUGGCGCAAGCAUUCCGCAUCAAUUUUAUUCAGUACUCUGCGUGGAUGGGUCUCCCAACAUUGUUAGCUGUCGGUCUCGCCUAUCUUAUGUGUUUCGUAGUUCUGCGCUCGCAUAUUCCCGUAAAUAUUCCCUCUCCGCCACCGGAGGCCGAAGAGCGUUAUCAAAUUCGAGACAGAUGGGGAGCAUUUAUCGGCUGUGCAGUACUCUUGGCUUGUCUACUUGGUUUGAUGAUUGUACCCAUCUUCGCGGAUGUACCAGUGUGGAUGUUGACUUUGCCCUUUGGGGCGAUCAUGAUUGGGAAAGAUAUGAUUAUGGACCUUACCAGAAACUGCCGGCCGCAAAAGACGGAGCACGAAAAUAUUGAAUUGGGGAGCGGAGGAACGUCAGAAGUCAGAAUGUUGCGGAGAGAGUCUUCCAAUGAGCAGAAUGUAUCCCUGUCGUCUGAAUCCGUGGAAAACAAAGAAUGUCUAAUUGAAAGCAAAGAUGCUAGUGCGGAAGACAACAUUUCAGUGGAGAUGAAUGGAACACAUUCGGGACCAACGAAUUCGGUACGCACGGAGCGUAACAGCGUCGCCUCCGCAUCCUCUCGUGUCCCAGCGCCAUCAAGGUCACGCCUCGGAUCUAGACAGGGGUCUUCGUUGGCGGAAGUGGAAUCCUGUGAUGGUUCGGAUCUGUUAGUCGAGGAGACCCGAAAGAAGUCAUCGAUUGUCAGCCGAAUGAGCGCGUGGAGUAACGCUCUACCGACUGUAUAUCACGUAACCGUAAGGCUCCCGUGGAAAUUGAUACCAUUUGCACUGGGGAUGUUUAUUCUUUGUGAAUCUCUCGCAGCGAAUGGAUGGACUUCUCUCUUGGCGAAAGGGAUGGCACAUCUAAGCGUUGGUGGUCAUAUGAUUCCUAUGGUGUUCUUUACGGGCCUUGUCACCACCGUCGCUUGCAGCGUGCUGAAUAAUCUUCCCAUGACGAUUCUCUUUGCGCGAGUAUUCUCUCAUCCGGACUUUGAUGCGACGAUGCUCUCUAUUAUAGGCUCAUCAGAAGCAGACUCGGCAAGAGUCGUGUACGCUUUGCGAAGAGGAGGCAUGUUUGCGUUAAUAAUCGGCUCGAAUUUCGGGGGAAAUCUAACAUACCUCGGUGCGCUGGCUGGCCUAAUGUGGGAUGACCUGCUGCGGAAACGAGGAAUGGGAAUAAAGCAGACGCAGUUCUUCAUUUGGUGCAUUAUCAUUAUGCCCGUUGUGCUCUUCGGAGCAUUAGCUGUCUUGGUCGCAGAGUUUGCAGUGGAGGGAUAUUAUAUGUAGAAGAUCACCGACGCAGAGGUCCACGUAUUGACUCUAAGAGCGAUUCAUAGAUGUAUUGUACAUUAUGUCCUUUUCUUCCUAUUUAUAUGAAUUACAUGCUUCAUUGUCGAAUGACAGAG